UCGGCACGGUGCAUCACGUUGACCCGCCGUUCAGUAUGCUAGUCGACGACACUGGCAAUGGCGGCUUACGUUUAGUACGCGCGGCAAAAUUUUCAAGUCACUUAGUAAUAAUUCCUUUGACUAAGCACCGAAAAUUAAAUGAUUACAACAACAACAACAGUCGCAACAGCAACAAAAACAAUUUACGGUCACAAUAGGAUGUUGAAAAUCGAAUGAUUGGUACUCGGCAACGCGCUACAUUACGACGGUAAAGACGUCGCUUAAGGCGGUGCACGACGACGAACAAAAAGCCGACAACGUGAGCGGCGCAAACGAAGACGGAAAGGCGCAAACGUUUAUCAUUGACGGCAGUCAUAUGUGCAUACAUAUAUGUAUAGAUACAUAUGUAUGUACAAAUGUAGUAUAUACUUGUGUUGCACGGUUGCUUAAGCUGUGUAGCUGCCGUUAGUUAGUCUCAGAAGAUUUGCCGAAAGCUGUAAUACGAGCUUAAACGGUAUCCGGUCGCGUUUAGUAGCGAGUGGCGUACACUCGAUCCGGGUGACGACGGUGGCGACGAUAACGACCAAGACGCGCAUGGCGUUGGUACAGCGCGUGAAUUAGUAAACGUUUGCGGGCAGUGCGAGCACUUCGUUUGCGGUGGCUGGAUUAUCUGUCGACUAGUGCGCGAGUGUGCAACGCAAAAAAACCGUUUUGUCAGUCAGUGAUAGAAAGUAGAAAAAAACAGAAAAAAAGUUAUGCGAAAAUACUGAAGAAUACUUAUCAAAUUUUCAAAUCUCUAAUCACAUGCUGAAGUUCUGUUAAUAGGAAAUUUAUGUGAAAACGCGCGUAUGAGUUGAAAUUGUGUGAAAAGAGCGUAUUUUCGAAUUUGCGUUUUCGCCUCAAAAGCUGACAAAAAAAUCGCUGAGUACACGCGCACUCAAGUCAACGCAGUGUCAGCGUCGGUUAUAAGUGCAGAGUUAACGCUUUGCGGCUGUCAAGGAGUAGAGAAAGUUUUAACAGCAACAUGGAAGAUCACUGGGGCCUCAGCAGCACAACCGACAUAAAUUGUACACAACCCGCCAUCGACGACUUCCCAAAGGAUCUAUUCACCGAGGCGCAAAGACAGUCGGGUGCUGUUGUACUUCAUGUGAUAGCCAGUUUAUAUUUAUUUCUAGCAUUAGCGGUAGUAUGUGAUGAGUACUUUGUGCCUGCAGUCGAAAAAAUAUGCGCAGCGUUAAAUAUGUCAAAUGAUGUGGCUGGCGCCACCUUCAUGGCUGCGGCCACCUCAGCGCCCGAGCUCUUCGUCAAUGUGAUAGGUACAUUCAUCACAGAGGGUGACAUUGGCGUGGGCACCAUUGUCGGUUCGGCGGUAUUCAAUAUUCUAGCGGUUGCAGCGUGCUGUGGGAUUGGCGCGGGCAUGACCAUCCCACUCGAUUGGUGGCCCUUGACGCGCGAUAGCAUAGCUUAUGGCGUCACAGUCGCCAUAUUGAUUUGCGUUAUGCACGACGAACGCGUUGAGUGGUACGAGGCGCUGAUAUUAGUCUCACUCUAUGCCGUUUAUUUGGCAGUGAUGUAUUUUGAUAAAACAUUUCAGAAGUGUGCAAAAGGUGGCGUAAAGCAGGCUCGCUCACGCAGUCGCUCCUCCAAUUGCAGCAUACAAACGAAAAACAGCAAUGAGAAGGAACCAGAUCUUGUGGAAAAUCGCAUCUGCCACAAACUCUCCACAAUACAACUAAAUGGCGGUGUUAAUAAUGAGCCGCCAAAGCUGCAGCCAACGGCGUCACCGCCUCCCACGCAAGCUGCCGCCGCAAAUUCCAACACCAAUUCUAACUCAAAUACAACAACAACAGCGACAGCAGCUACACCACAACCGCCAACCGAAGCCAAAUUCAUAUCCAGCAGCCUUGCCACUGAGAAAGGCGCAGUGGAAUUGCAACCAACUGGCGCCAUUUCCAUAGCCGUGCCCGCCUCAGUGGCAGCCGCCGCAUCUACAGCGAGCGACGAGGAGGUGGAGGAAGAGCACUAUUCAUUGCUGCAUUACCCGAAGGAGAAGAGCUGUUUCGCACAGUUCACUUGGAUCAUUAUUUGGCCCAUACACUUGCUCUUUCGCAUAGCGAUACCGGAUUGCAAGAAGACCAAGAACAAUAAAAUAUUCCCACUGACUUUUAUUAUGUGCAUCGUGUGGAUUGGUUCGUUGUCGUACGUGGUCGCCUGGAUGAUUACGAUUAUAGGUGACACGCUGAAAAUUCCGGACUCAGUGAUGGGCAUUACAUUUCUGGCAGCGGGCACAAGUGUGCCAGAAGCGGUUUCCAGUGUUAUUGUGGCUAAGAGAGGUCACGGUUCAAUGGGCAUCUGUAAUUCGAUCGGCUCGAAUACAUUCGAUAUACUACUGUGCUUGGGCGUACCGUGGCUCAUCAAAGCCGUCUUCUUUCCCAUACAGCAGGGACAAAAUUAUGUCGGCAUCAAUUCGGCCGGUCUCGAGUAUUCCGCUAUAACGUUACUCUCCACACUAUUUUUGCUCUACAUCACAUUCUCAUUCAACAAAUUCAAAUUGGAUCGAAAAGUGGGCAUGGCCUGUUUGGUUAUGUAUUUGGUUUUCAUGAUAUUCGCAUCGCUGAUAGAAUUGAAUGUAUUCUUUCGGGUCAACUUGCCAACCUGUGGACGUUCGUGAAGCGUGGAAAAGUGUUGAGCGCAAAGGAGUGGGCGGCAGGCAGCGUGAAGUGGAAGAAGAAGCGGCGGCGUGUGCGCGCCUUUUAUAUACAUACGUACAAAUUUUAAUAUGCGAAAAAAAGUUGUGAAAAGAAAUAUGCGUGAAAAGGGGUGUUGAACGAAGAUUACAACAACAACAAUACGUCAGCGUCAUAUUUGGUAGUUGCGCGUGUGGAGUUGUUUGUGUAACUCUGCAACUUGCAAAAUAUUUUUCUUCAUUUUAUUGUUGUACAAGGGUAUUAUAAGUUUAAGUUGUAUUUACUUCUCUUUUAUUUUUUAAUAAGAUUUUAUUUUGCGCUUGUGUGGCGCGUCUUCUUCAGCGCGUUGGUUUUUUGCGGGAAAUGUAUUCAAUAAUUUAAUGUAAAUAAAAUCGAGGAAAUCCUUCUUAUAAUCGCUUUCUCUAUUUAAAAAAAAAAUAACAAAUUGGCGUUCACAUAUAAAACACGUGAAAAACUUGCAAAAAAUUAUAGUUUUAUAUAUAACAUAUGAAUAAAAAUCCUAAUGCUUAAUUAUGUAAAAAUAA